AUGUCUAAAAGACCACUCGGCCCGGGCCCGGGCGCCUACCGGCUGCCGACGACGGUGGGCUUCCCCGGGCACGACCCGUCGCGGUACCGCAACCCGAUGUACUCGUUCGGCUCCAUGGGCGGCUACCGGCUCAAGUCGCUGGGCCCCGGCCCCGCGUACAAGAUCGACCGCAUCACGCGCGAGGGCCAGAUGUUCGCGCCUGCGUGGUCCUUCGGCGCGCGGUUCGCUUACAGAAGUGCCACUAAAACGCCAGGUCCGGGCGCGCAUGCGCCGGAGCGCUGCCCGCCCAUGAAGGAGCCGCGGGCGCCGCAGUACUCCAUGGGCGCGCGGCUGGGCCGCGACCAGCGCAAGGUGGGCCCGGCGCCGAAUGCGUACGCGCUGCGCAUGGGCCCGGGCACGCCGGCGUGGACCAUGGCCGCGAGGCUCGGGUACAACCUCAAGGCCAAGUCGCCCGGGCCCGCCGUCUACUUCCAGAAGGACCAGAACAUCUACAGGACCAAGAUGCCGAUAUACUCGCUGGGCGCGCGACUAGAAGGAGCUGGUAAGGCCACCAAGUCGCCCGGGCCGGCCGCCUACCCACCCAACCUCUACAAUGUUAAGAAGAAUCCAUACUCAUACUCGUUCGGCGUGAAGCACGCGGAAUGGGCGCCGCCGAUGAUAAUCAAGGAGGAUACCAUGGACUGCUUAUAGACCAGGCGCGUCGUGACGUCACUCCCUCCGAGCCCAGUCGCGACCCACGAAACGUCCAACAAUAACACUUCGGUAGGAAAUUGGAAGAGACGAUGUCACACGCCUACAACGAAUGUUGUAACUCAAUCUUUUGAAGUUAGGCUUAUUUUUUAGGUAUAUUUUUGUAAUUGAAGUUUUAAGCUCGUGAAUCAAUACACCCGUAGAUAUCGGGGUUGGGGGGGGGGAGGAUAUUUAUGCCUCAUGAGCACCUAAGCCCACCCUAUUAUUUGUUAAUGAAAAUGAGUUAUUUUUGUUAAUCUGUAGCGAAGACUAGCAUACACUUUGGGUGUACUUGUUCGACAUCCCUCGUGUCUACGGGCGUGCUGAGAAGCCAGUGACGUCAUAAGGUUGAAACCAGACCUAAGUUCAAAUGUUGGCCACUUUGUAUAGGUGCUUGUAGUGGCGUGUGUACCGCCGCGGUGUGCGGCACAACAUAUGUCUCUGUAACUGUACUUAACGUCAAAAACGACGAAAAAUAUCGCAUA